AUGAGUUCUACAAAGGCUUUAACCCUGGUUUACAAUGAAAUCAAGGAAGUUAACGGACGAUUAACUGAAGUUGAAAGAGAAAGGGCAGAGCUGAAGGAAAAGCUGAAAGUGGUAUGUAUAAUAUAAUACAAUAAUACUGCUUUAUGUCUUUUAACUGUGAAUCAUGGUUGUCAAAGGGAGGGUUUAAAUUUUAGCUAACAGCCAAGGCGAGUGAAUUGGAAUCUCGAAGAGAAAAUGGAGAUGAACAGAAUUUAUGGAACGAUACGAAUUACGGUUGGGACGGUGAAGUAAACAAGUGCUUGAACAAGGUGUUUGGAUUGAGCACGUUCAGACCGUUACAAAGAGCAGCUAUCAAUCUGGCCUUGUCCAAGGAAGACAGUCUUAUUAUCAUGAGUACUGGAGCUGGGAAGAGUUUGUGUUAUCAGUUACCAGCUAUGGUGCACAACAGUACGUACACGUAAAACAUACCUAUAUAUAUAUAUUUAAAUUUAAAAGCAUUGGUAAAUUUUCGUAUGAAAAAAAGUAAAAUAUUGUUUUAGGUGGGAUAACUCUGGUGGUUUCUCCUUUAAUAUCCUUGAUGAACGACCAGUUGAUGCAUCUCCAGAUGUUGGGCAUCAAUGCUAUGUCUUUCAAUGCAAAUUCUACAAAGGAAGAGGUAGGUGUAACAUUAUGUUUUGUUACUGUUUAGGCUUCAAAUAUCUUGAAAUGGAUUUGCGACAAGAAUUCUACAUUGAGACUGCUGUAUGUGACACCCGAGAAGUUGGCCAAAAGCAAAAGAUUCAUUAACAAACUGGAAAAAUGUUACGAAUUUGAUCUUUUGAAGGUUUGUUCAAUCUUAUUUUAAAAAUUUUGUGAAGUGUUAUAUUAUUUUGUUUACUAGGUUAUGUGUUUAACUGUUUAUUAAAGUUCUUUCUUGUUGGAAUUUUAUGAAAGAAUAACAUUUUAGUUGAUUGCAAUUGACGAAGUGCAUUGUUGUUCUCAAUGGGGUCACGACUUCAGGCGAGACUACAAGUUUCUCGGCAUUUUGAAGCGGCAGUUCCCAAAAACUCCGUUGAUGGGAUUAACAGCGACGGCUACCUUAGAUGUGAUUACUGAUGUGAAGAAGAUACUUGACAUUCGAAGUAACGUAUUUUAAAGAACUAUCUGAUCUUUUAAAAUUAUUUUUUUGUUUUAUCUUAAUUUUUACUUUCUGAUUGACUUUUACGCCUUGUUAUUCUAGGUUGUGUCACUCUGAAAACAGCUUUUAAUCGCAAGAAUCUUCACUACGAGGUGCUUCAAAAGCCGGAAUCCACUGAAGAAACAAACCUUCUGAUCUCUAAUCUGUUAACAACCGAGUUUGCUGGCCAAACCGGCAUUAUUUAUUGUUUGAGUCGAAAAGAUUGCGAAGAAUUGACGAAAGAUCUCAAGUAAGUUUAUACAGGGUUACUGUAAUUAUUGAGUCUGUAAAUUUUUAGAUUUUGCAUUAUCUUGUUUUGAAAAUAUUUUAAUUUGAAAUUUUUGGAAUGUAUUUUUUUUAAUUAUAAAAUGACUGUUAGGGCCCGUGGUGUCAGAUGCACAUAUUAUCAUGGAGAUGUAGAAGCGGAAGGUCGAAAUCGAGCUCACGAGAAGUGGAAUUCUGGAGAAUAUCAAGUGAUCAUAGCAACAUUGGCCUUCGGAAUGGGUAUUGACAAGCCGGAUGUCAGAUUUGUUAUCCAUCAUUCGAUUGCCAAGUCAAUGGAAAACUACUAUCAGGUAACCUUGUUUGACCGUCAUUUACUGUAUCUUCAGGAAAGCGGUCGAGCUGGCAGAGAUGACAAACCAGCUAAAUGCAUCGCCUUGUUUAAGCUGGCUGACAUCUUCAAACAAAGCACGAUGAACUACACAGACGCCGUGUCUCAUCUGUACGGUAUGAUGAAGUACUGUAUUCAGGUAUGUUUACUGUAGUCAUAUUACGAAAAGACAUCAAGCUGUAGCUUUUUUAGUUGUUUUUAUCUAGUUCUGACCGAAGAACUGAGUGUUAGAUGUUUUAUUUGAGUUUACAGACCUACGAAUGUCGUCGUAUGGCAAUGUCAGAGUACUUUGGAGAAACAUACGAUAAAAGCUGGUGCGACAGAAAGUGUGAUUUUUGUUGUCGCUCAUCCACAAACGUGUCGGAGGUUGAUAUUACCGAACAAACCCGGUUAGUUAUGGAGAUUUUACAGGUAAAUUAAAAAAACUUUUAAAGUUAUAAUUCUUUGUCAAAAAUGAAUAAUGACCAUAAAUAUUCAGGACAAACAAGUAGGCAAAGACAGGAUCACGGGCAACAAACUUCUCGAACUUUUAUACAAAAAGCUGGACGACUCUCGAGAAGGCCUGGAGAAGGUGGUGGGGACGCUUCUCCUCGAGGGCUACCUCAAGGAGGAGUUCCAUUUCACCCCGUACUCGGUCAUCAGCUACAUCGUACGAGGCUCCAGGAGUGUACAGGGUCGGGUCACGAUGCUCUCCGACCUCACCGUGAUGGAAGGCAAGUCAAGUGCGAAGCGACGACGAAACAAGUGA